UCAGUUCACUCUUCUCCCUCUUCCGCGCUCAAACAAUUUUUAAAGCGAAUCGACAUGAAGACCUCAGUUGUCGUCGUCGUCUUGAUGGCCUUUGCCGCCGUCUCUGCCCAGAUCCCGGCCGGUUGGAACUACAAUCCAUUCCUUUACUACCCGUUCACCGCACAACCAGCGCCCGUCCAGGAAACGGCCGAAGUUGCCGCCGCCCGUGCCGCUCACUUGGCAGCCCACACAUCCGCCGGAGGAUCCAGCAGGGUGGUCGCCGUUCAACCUGUUCCUGUUGUUUGGGGACAACCAGCAGGUGCCGUUUUGGACACUCCCGAAGUUUGGGCCGCCAAAGUUGAACAUUACCGCGCCCACUCGGCCGCCGCCGCUGCCAACGGAGUCGUCUCGACUCUUGCGCCUCUUCCGGUGGUCAGUUGGGGAGUCCCUCAACCCGUCCAGGAGACUCCCGAAGUGGCCGCAGCUCGUCGUGCUCAUUUGGCAGCUCACGCUCACGCCACCGCCCGAGUAGCGAAAGUGGUGGUUCCCGUUCAGCCGCUUCCAUCAGCGGUGGUCGUUGAUGCUCCCCCUCAACCCGUUCAGGACACCCCUGAAGUUCACGCCGCUAGAAUGGCCUUUUUCCGCGCCUUUCACGAAGCUGCCGUUCGAUCUGGUUAAAGUGAAUGCCCGCGCGUCGUGUGUAGAUAUUAAAUUGUCAUCAAUUAGGUUAUUUUCAAAUUGUGUUUGUCGAGGAUAAUAAUAAAAAUUAAGUUUUCAAAUUGA